AUGGUAAUCGAUGUCCGGGUGGCAAUAACAGGCCCCCCAGAAAGCGGACGAACAACGCUCUGCAAACGACUUAAAGACCGUAUACAUGUUAGAGUAAACGAUGGGCAACAUUUUUGUCUCAGGGCACAUGAGACCAACCUUGAAGACCCCAGCCUUUUGGAGUCAGAUGCCCUGCUACUGAUUGUUGAUUUGCACAAGGAUAUGAAGGAUGUCAAAAAUUUGGUCGCUGAUUACGGCGAAUUCGUUAAGUCUACCUAUUGGGAACAACGUAAAAUGUUUCGAAUUAUAGGGACUAAACAUGAUAAACUGGAUCCCGAGUCAAAAAUCGUCAAAUACCCUGGAUUUUUCACAACGUGGUUCACAAUGUACACGUCGUUGUCCUGUCAUUUCGUUGGCACUGUAACGCAUGAUGAAAGUGCCAUUGAGGAAAUGUGCGUUUCUAUAGUCAACCAAUUUCGACCUACCAAGCCGUCAGUUUCGAGCCAGGUUCAUAAAGCGUUUUCACAAAUACGGUCAUGGGGACUGGAUAUGAUAGCAUCUAUAUUUUCCCUUCCGAUCCCCUCCAACGUGAACCAGGAUACACCUGAUUCUGAUGACCUGCCAGUCAUUCCGGAUGAUAAUGCCGCAUGGGAAUUGAUCAAGACACCUGAAUCCAUUGCCUUCAACAAACAUCAGGCGUCUUUCACUCGCGGGCACAAUUGGGCACCGACACACAAAAUUGCACCAAGUUUAGUCCUCAAAGAACUGCACCACUUCGAAAGAUUCAACAAUAUCUUUGUUCGAGCUCACACGAAUAUCCCAGUCCCACAACCUCGCUAUCUCCACCUGAAGGAAUCGCUUGUCACAGAUUUCAUUCCCGGAAAAAUGCUUUUGGAAUGCUGGGACUCGUUCAGCCUUUUCUACCAAUUUCGUAUUGCAUGCACUCUCAGAAAAUAUGUUUCUCAGCUUCGACGCAUCACCAGCGAUCGACCUGGCAGCAUUGGACAAGGACUCGUCAGGGGACAACUAUUUUAUCCGCAUGCAUGGAAUGGACCUUUCCGCGACGCUGAGCAGUUCUGCAACUGGAUGGCGCACACUGCUUAUACAGAACGAGUUUACCAAUACAUGCAUCUCCGUAGUUUCAAAGGUCCAGAAGCUGCUGGUAGCCCUCCAUGUCUUUUAAACCUACCUCCCGAACACGAAUGGAAUUUAGUCCUCACGCAUGGCGACCUUAGUCUCAGCAAUGCCAUUCUUUCAGAUGAUGGCGUACUGUGGAUUAUAGAUUGGGCGGAUUCCGGUUUCUAUCCUCCCUGGAUAGAGUCGCAAGCAAUGGAACGUUAUACAUGGGCGCCUGAAUCAUGGAGGCGAUGGUUUUCAUUCAUUGUUGACACCUCUGUUGACACGACUAAGCUCUGGAGCCAUAUGGAGUGUGCAGGGGGUAUAUGCAGCACAUGCUUCCCUCGUGAGGAUUACUGGCCAAAUACUGAAGAGAUACGAAGGAUAACGGUGUGGUGA